AUUUACGUUCUGAAGGUAUCCUCUGUGUCUCAUUGGAGUUGAAAAUUGUUUUUCUCUGCUCUCCCAGCAUAAAACCUUUGCUUUGAUACUAGCCCACGCACGUACGUGAUGUCACACGUCGUCCCACCCACAUACUUCUGUAAACCACCUUGCAUAUAGAAGUAUGGCGGCCCCAGCGACACAGUUACUAGUCGGCCAAAGUUUAUUGCUCAGAUUUUCACGUGAGAGCGAUGAAUAAGUGCGCGGACAGAGGGUUCGGCAACGAAGAGCUCGGCGACUGUAAACAGGGAAGUACCUGCAGAAAGAGACGUCGGUCUUCGCCCGGCGCAUUUUCCUCGAUUUCUCUUCGCCUCUUUGAUUGAAGUGCCUUUAGUCCGGGUACCACAGGGGAAGAAACUCCGCAAGACGGGAAGAGUGGACACGGAAGUUUGAAACAAACCGUUUACUCUUGCUUUGGAAAGAGCAGUUGUAAAGUAUUGCGCUGUGGUGGCCAGCGAUGCUUUUGUGAGACAUUAAGGUGUAUUUGUCCUACGUUUAUUGCCAGUGCGUUAUCAGCGACUCAGCAAGAGCCAACUGUUGACUGCUCGAUGUGCAUUCCGGGUCUGGCGCUGCAUACCACCAGCUAACGUUAGUUAGCCUCCAUGGCUGCCUUCAACAUGAGCUUGGGGUCGCCAGCUAAUCAGCACUAUCGUCGCUUCUAUGGCCUUAUUCCUGUGAAAUGCCUUUCUUUGACCUCUGAAGUACUCAGGUUCCAUUAAUGCAUGAUAAACAGAGAUAUACUGGAGUAAUACGGAUUUGCAUAGGUGACCCACAUCCCCCAUACUCCAGAAGAGGACAGACUGAACCAGGGAGAGGGGUUCCUGUUUUUUCCCAGUCCCCUCCUGGCGUGAGGGUGAACUAUUGGACAGUUAGCAGCUGAGUCCAGCUUGGAGAGUCCCAGCUGCGGCCUGGCACCCUGCCCUUAUGGGGCAGCAGCCGGGGAAGUUUGUAGGGGACCAGAGGAGACCCAGUCUGCCAGCCUUCAUCAAGGGUGGAAAGAGAGAGUCAUCACGCCAUGGGGCCCAGCCUUGUAAUGUUUUUGCUGUGCACGAAGCCCUCCAGAGACCAGACUUAGAGGGCCAGGGUCUGACAGAAGCGGCCCGCUGGAAUUCCAAAGAGAACUUGUUGGCUGGACCGAGUGAGAAUGACCCCAACCUGUUUGUUGCACUCUAUGAUUUCGUGGCCAGUGGUGACAACACGCUCAGCAUUACCAAAGGAGAGAAGCUGCGUGUGCUGGGUUACAACCACAAUGGCGAGUGGUGUGAGGCGCAGACCAAAAAUGGCCAGGGGUGGGUGCCAUCCAAUUACAUCACCCCAGUCAACAGCCCAGAGAAGCACAGCUGGUAUCAUGGACCCGUGUCACGCAACGCUGCGGAGUACCUGCUCAGCUCAGGCAUCAACGGGAGCUUUCUGGUCCGCGAGAGUGAGAGCAGCCCCGGUCAGAGGUCCAUUUCUCUGCGGUACGAGGGGAGAGUCUACCACUACAGGAUUAACACUGCGUCUGAUGGCAAGCUGUAUGUCUCGUCAGAAAGUCGCUUCAACACACUGGCAGAGCUGGUACACCACCAUUCCACGGUGCCCGACGGCCUUAUUACCACGCUGCACUACCCUGCACCCAAGCGCAACAAGCCCACCAUCUACGGAGUUUCUCCCAACUACGAUAAGUGGGAGAUGGAGCGUACUGACAUUACCAUGAAGCACAAGCUGGGAGGUGGCCAGUAUGGGGAGGUGUACGAGGGUGUUUGGAAGAAGUACAACCUCACUGUGGCUGUCAAGACACUAAAGGAGGAUACAAUGGAAGUGGAGGAGUUUCUCAAAGAGGCUGCUGUUAUGAAAGAGAUCAAACACCCCAACCUGGUACAACUGUUGGGUGUGUGCACACGGGAGCCGCCUUUCUACAUUAUCACAGAGUUCAUGACCCACGGUAACCUACUGGACUACCUGAGGGAGUGCAACAGAGAGGAGGUUAAUGCUGUGGUGCUGCUUCACAUGGCCACACAGAUCUCCUCUGCCAUGGAGUACUUGGAGAAAAAAAACUUUAUACACAGGGACUUGGCUGCUCGCAAUUGUCUGGUCGGGGAGAACCAGCUGGUGAAGGUGGCCGACUUUGGUCUGAGCAGGUUAAUGACAGGAGACACCUACACAGCUCAUGCUGGGGCCAAGUUCCCAAUCAAAUGGACAGCCCCAGAGAGUCUGGCUUACAACAAGUUCUCUAUUAAGUCUGAUGUCUGGGCAUUUGGUGUGCUGCUGUGGGAAAUCGCUACCUACGGCAUGUCUCCAUAUCCAGGCAUUGACCUGUCUCAGGUCUACGAGCUGCUGGAGAAAGACUACCGUAUGGACCGACCAGAGGGCUGCCCUGAGAAGGUCUAUGAGCUCAUGAGGGCCUGUUGGAGGUGGAACCCUUCAGAACGUCCCUCCUUUGCUGAAACACACCAAGCCUUUGAGACCAUGUUUCAGGAGUCUAGCAUCUCUGACGAGGUGGAAAAGGAACUGGGCAAGAAAGGGAAAAAGGCAACCCUAGGCUCCAUCCAGCAGGCUCCAGAGCUGCCCACCAAGACCAGAACCCUCCGCAAAAAUAUGGACAACCGCGAUGGAGAUAGUCUAGACCCCGCGGAGCCAGAGGCAGCUGUAUCAUCACCCAUGCUCCCCAGAAAAGAACGGCCCUUCCUGGACAGCAACCUGAAUGAGGACGACCGCUUGCUACCCAAAGACAAGGACAAGACACGUGCCAGUGGUUUUCUCAGCCUUAUCAAGAAAAAGAAAAAGAAUGCACCAGCUCCACCCAAACGCAGCUCCUCUUUCAGAGAGAUGGACAUCCACCCUGACAGAAGGGUUAAUACUACAGAUCCUCGAGACAGUGACACCUUCAACAAUGGUGCAUCUUUGGCCAUUAAUGAUGCCACACAUGCCCUUGACUCCUCAAAGUUUCUGGUUACUAACAAUAAUGGGACAGGGGGCAUCACCAACGGGGCUCCUACGUACCCUGGACCUUUAUUCCCCAGGAAAAAGGGGAUAGUGCCUGGCCCAGGAUCCAAGGCAGCCACCACACCACCUAGUGAGGAGGAAUCCAUGUCUAACUCGAAGCGUUUUCUCUGGUCUUCUAGCAUGCCCACCAGCUCAGGUGGCACUGAAUGGAAGUCGGUCACACUGCCGCGAGACUUGGGUCAGCGCCAUUUUGACUCAGGCACCUUUGGGGGCAAACCAGCUCUGCCACGCAAGAGAACCAGUGAACAGAAAGGGGAGAAUGCCCCUCGAAUGGGCACCUUGACUCCCCCACCACAUCUGAACACCUCAUCAGAUGUUUCGCCUACCUUCUUAGGCAAAGACACUGAUGCCAGUCCUGGUUCCAGUCCUCAGGUAUUAACACCUAAGGUUGUCAGGAGGCCAGGUGUGUCGGGGCUGGAGAACUCUAAAACAAGCGCUCUCCAUGCUGAGCUUCUUAAGCCCAAUGUGUUCCCAGCUUUGGGAGCAGCUGGAGAUGAGUGCAGGGCCCGCAGGCACAAACACCCUGUGGAAACAGCUCCACCUCCACCACCCACCAAUGCCAAAACAGGCAAGACCUCCCGCACUCAAGAGCUCCCCUCACCCACCACCACAGACAUCAAAGCUAAGGGCCUUCCCUCUGUCUCAGAGCCCCACCACACAGCCACUGCCAGUGACCAGGCCCGCUCACCCAUCAGUGAAGGCUCCAAAAAGCUGCCCCUGGGAUCCUCCUCCAAACCUCAACCACUGAAGACUUCCACCUCCUCUUCUUCAGUGACCACCUCCCUCUCAAGCCCAAGCCUAGGAGCCUUCUCUUCCUCCCUAACCUCCUCAGGUGAUCAGAGCUCGCCCACUGCUUUCAUACCCCUAGUGAACACCCGACGCUCCCUCCGCAAGACUGCACCCCGCCAGGCCACCGAGCGCACCCCCAACUCAGCUGUGACGCGCGAGAUGGUGCUGGAGGGCACUGAGCUACUCCGCGCAGCCAUUUGCCGCAACUCUGAGCAGACGGGUAGUCACAGUGCUGUGCUGGAAGCUGGCAAGAACCUGUCAAAGUAUUGCAUGAGCUAUGUCGACUCCAUUCAGCAGAUGCGGAACAAGUUUGCCUUCCGUGAGGCCAUCAACAAGCUUGAGAACAGCCUGCGUGAGCUGCAGAUCUGUCCUACCGCCACAGGGGGUGCUAGUGCACAGCAGGACUUCAGCAAGUUGCUUUCUUCUGUCAAAGAGAUCAGUGACAUUGUUCAGAGGUAGCGCACUACAAAAUAUUACAAUGCCAAUACACAAAACAAAUACUGUACCUUACACUACCCUUUUUUUUUUUUUUUGGCGAAUGUGCAUGAACCGUGGUCUAUACUAAGCUUAUGAUGGAGAGCUGACGGUAAAGACUGCUAGAGCGCAGCAGCAGUGUAGGUUCACACUACAACACACUCGGAAACACUUAAGCCUGUGGUUAUUGGAAUUUAAGGAAUCUAUCUAGAUGGUGUCAGAGUUUUCAAUAUUAAAAAGCCUCAACUAUGAUUGAAGUCUCUCUAGGCCUUAACAAGAGGCUAGGGGCCACGUAUUUCUCAACAUGACUUUUCACCAAUCAUUUUUGAAAUGAUCAUGUCUUAUGUGUUUUGGUUGCUUUUUUCCCCCUUCAUUGAUGAGACUAGUAGAAAAAAAGGCACUGUUUGUGUGUUUCAUUUUCCACUUGAUGACAAUGAGCAAGAACAAAACACUUAACCUCAUAUUCUUGUAGGAUGCCUUCUAACACUUAAAUGACAUAGUUUCAAUUGUCACCGGUAAGAAUUAGGGAGGUUCUAGAAUCGUUUCCAACCUGAUGCCUCUGCCCUUUUUCACUGCUUUGUACCUCAUCAUCAAUUAAUGGCUGUGUGCUGACUGAUGAAAAUGUUCAGUGUUUUGUAUGAAUGCUUUUUUUUUUUUUUUUUUGCAGUAUUUGCAACCAUGUGUCAAAAUAAUGGGAACAAGCAAAUGAGGCAGGGUGAGCCUCCAGCCUUCACCUUUUUACUUCACUGCACACUUUGGUAACAAAUAGUGCCUUAAAAUCUAUUGGCAGAGCUGUUUAAAACUUGCCACUCUACAAGAGAUACAGCUUUGGCUGAAUUUUGCCAAGUGGCAGUGAAUAACUGUUGUGAUUUGUCAUUGUUUGCCAUACCAAAAAAAAAAAACACCUUUGACUCCAGUUUGUAUCUGCCUAUUGUUGUUGUCCUUAGACCAGAUAUUUUUAAAUAUAAGUUUGAAUUAACUCUGCUCUACAUGCCAGUCACCAAAGCCAUCAGUAGCAGCAUGCUGUUUGAGCUGUAAAGAGGGAUAAUGGACUGAAACUGUUUCUUGGACCACUGACGGGGCCUCUUUGCCUGAGAGAAUUACCUUUGAUGGAGAGUUUGUUAGAUGGUCUAAAUGCUGUUUCAGGGGCCUUUCUACCCCAGUAAAAAAUAUUUUCUGGGGGAAACACUGGACUGAAAUGUUUAUUGAUCUGUCACUUGCUGUCUUACAAAAGGUUUAAGCAAGAACCGGACCAUUGGAGUCUCAAGAACCCAUGAAAUUCCACUGUAAAAUUGUACAUUUCUUUAGUCUUUUCUGUAUCUGACAUUUUCAGUAUUUGUGCUGUAGUUUUCUCACCCUAUGUGCCCUGUCUGACUGCGAUGCCUGGGGAUACAAGUCAACUAUAAGCUGCUUUGACUUCAAUAUGGUACUGUCAGUUUUGGCUUUUUUUUUUAUAUUCCUUUCCUUACCAGCCAUACCACUAUUCUACUUUUGUGUCUAAGCCUUUUCACCAAAUUUGGAAACAAACCCUGCUUUCCUUUGUAAAUAUCUUUUCUUUUUCCUAUUUGUUCUUCCCUCUCAGUGCAAUUUUUGUUGCAAUAAAAGACAAACAGUCGUGCUACUUGAAAUACAGGGUCUCUAGUGUUCUUGCCACCUGUAAUCUGCUCUAUUUGGUCUAGACAGUUGCCGUAAUUAAUACUAAACCUAAACCACUUUCUCCAUUUGAAUCUCAGAUGUUUAUCAAAGCCUGUUGCUUUGACAUUAAACAAGACAAACAGCAACAGGUUAUGUAUAAUUUAUUUUUGUCUAGAGUAUUUUGUCAUUAAAAUCAAAAUGUCAACAUUUUAAAAUCAUAUACACGCAAGAACGCAUUUAAAUGUUAGCACAGCUCCUUAAAAAUUUAUACAUAUGUACUUUUUAUUGUACUUGUAGACAGACAAAAGCAGGAAGUGGUCAAUUACGACUGCGAAGAGGUGGGACAGGAAAAAACCCAGCCCACCAACUUCCCACAAUAGCAAACCAAUCCCCACUCCCAAAAAGUUAAGACAGCGAUGCAGCCCCCCCCCCAUGUGGAGAAGCUAUGAUAGGAUGAAAAAAAAUAUAUAUAAACAAAAGUGCCCCAUUUUCUGCUCCACACAGAAAUGAAAGCAAUUAAAGUUGACAAAUAUUUGUUUGCACAUCAUCUCAAUCCACUUCCUCGUCCCUCAACCAAGUGGCAAGUUCAGUAGUGUCCAGAUGGGGUGGUUGGGGGUGGGGACGGUGUUUGUGUCUGUCCUUUACAUACAUUUAUUAAUAGAAACUAUGUUACAGAAUUUCCCCAAGCAUGAAUUACAGGCAACCCACUAGCACAUCAACUGUACAGGUCUUGGCAGAGCCAGCAAAUAAGUGUCUAAAACCCAAGUAGUAAGAUCAUCACCAACAGCUAAGAAGCAAUAUAUACAGCUGUCCAGUCAGGGUAUCGCUAUGGUACAGAAAAAUUAUACUUAAAAUAAAAAACAAUUGGAUUUGACAAUGUUAUGUUUUGGAAGUGAGAGCCAUGCUGCUUGGUGUUGUCAUACAAGACAGAGGAACAACUGCCCAAAUGAACAGAGCUUUUCACUGCAGCUUCACAUGAGAUAAAAGGAGUGCUGACCGUUUGUACAUCUGAAAAGUCCAACAGUAGUGUGAAGAGUAAGUGCAACAACACAAAGAUUAAAGAGAAAACAAUUACAAUAAGGCAAGAAACAAUGACAUAAAUGCUAAAGAAUCUGUUUAUAUGAGCCAGGGGAGAGAGUUCUGGGGUCAGAUCGGUGAGGAGGAGACGACUAGGUGCAAAAAAAACAAUGUGAAUCUUUUUGGGGGGUGGGGUAGGAGGGUUAAAGUGUCAAAAAAAAAAAAA